UGCAAAGUAUACGCCGACACUCAAAACAUCACUUGCUGCAUGAUUGAAGACCGCGUCUUUCUUGAUGAGUGUAUCGAUAGGGACCUGGCAUUCCUAAAGUCUAUACUGAACUCCAUGCACUAAAACGCAUGCAAAAGAGAUCUACUUGCAAUGAUCCCCCAGCUUGGCAAGCAAACUAUGUUUCUCGAAUUAAGUGCCAAUGAGAUCCGCUGACCACAUCUCGGGGUGCUCUGUCCUUUGAUCCGCGACAGUAACGGAGCCGAGAUCGGUGAUCCCAUGAGUGAACUAUGCUCCCUGUAGUGAGCGACUUACCGUGAAAUACCGGGCAAGCACCCACUCAAAAUUUAGAGAUGAUCGUUAAAAAAUAGGGAAUGGGCGCUUGUCCGGUCAUCAAUUUUACAUAUAAAUGGUCUGCACGUAUUUCCACAGGUCUUACAAAUAUGUGUGUGGGCGCUCAACGUGGAAUCGGCGGAUGCGCGGUAUUCUACGGUAGGUCAAUGAGGAUUCAUUCACUUGCUCUAUGUACUUCAACAAACUGGUGGGCGUGGUAUUGCGCAUUCUCAGCAGCGUGCUGCUGGCUACCAAUCCCUUCGGCCGCCACCGUGGCCUUGACUUCUUCAAGUGCAUUGAAUUCCAAAACUGCGGGAGUCUGCGCACCUACACACUGCUGUGGCUCGAGGCAGAUCCCCAGGAAUCCAUAUACGAGCACAUGCGUCUCAUCACAGGCUUGUGAUCGGUGUCUGCUGCUUACCUGCCCCACACCUACGCCAAUCAAGUCCACAACCAGACUUUCAAUGGUUGUAAGAAGAACGAUCUCGCACGGUGCUGUUGCUUCAAAGUUUCAUAUUGGCCGCUUGAUACCACUAGCGUGCUGCUACCUCUGAACAAAGGCGAUGCUUGUCGCGAUCACUGCAGAAAACGGGCGCUUCUACUGCAUGCCAAACUUGCUGAAAAAGCUUAUGCUGCUUUCGACGAGUUCCCCCUUGACAACCGCUUGACAUUGCUGGAGUAUUUGGACAUCAUCAGGGCCAUGUUUUGACGACCCACUGUGCUCUGCAAGUGCACCAUGACUGAGUUGUGGACGGACACCUUCAAUCCAUGGAUCGUCACUGUGCUCAACUCCAACAUGGAUCUCAAAUUCAUCAUCGACGGGUACUCCUGUGCGGCGUACAUUGUCGAGUAUGUAAACAAGAGCAAUUAUGGCGGGAGCAGCCUUCAUCGCCAGCUUGUGCAGCUGCAGGUGGACCAUCCAGAACUCGACUUCGUUGCACUAAUGAAGAAAGUCUGCAUCAACAUGCUCAACUCCACCGAGAUGUCUUGUCAGGAGGCAGCCUGGCAUUUGCUACGCCCACCCAUAUCGGAGACAAGCUGCAAAGUCGAGUUUGUGCCAACCAUGUGGGCCAGCGAUCGAGUCAAGAGCCACAAGGAACGAGAGGAGAUAGAUGCCGAGUGACUCGACGGCUGAGUCCGCCGACCUCUGGACCAUGUAUGAACAGCGCUUGCAGAACAUGGACGAUUUUUGCCUA